AUGCCACCCCCAUGCCAUCCGCCCCGCAGGCGCUGGAGCGCCGCGCCGUGCCCCUGCCCGGUGGCGAGGAGGGCGAGUACAUGCUGGCGCUGAAGCAGGAGCUGCGCCGGGCCACGCGGGCCCUGCCCUACUUCGUGAAACCGGGGGCGCCCCGCAGAGACAUCGAGCGCUACUCGGACAAGUACCAGCUCUCCAACCCCGUGGACAACGCCAUCGACUGGAACCCAGACUGGCGGCGGCCCCCCCUCCCGCGGGAGCUGAAGAUCCGCGUGCGGCGGCUGCGGAAAGGCCGGCCCGCUGCCCUCGUCCCCAAGAAGCAGGUGACACUGGACAAGGAGGAGGCCAUUAAGAAGCUGGAGAGCCUGGAGAAGAAGGAGGAGGAGGUGACGUCAGAGGAGGAAGAGGAGAAGGAGGAGGAAGAAGAGGGGAAGGAGGAGGAGGAGGAGGAGUACGAUGAGGAGGAGCACGAAGAGGAGACCGACUACGUCCUGUCCUACUUCGACAACGGGGAGAGCUUCGGCCCCGACAGCGACGACAACGGCGACGAGGCGGUGUACUGAGCCCGGGAACGGGCACCCCGAAAACGGCACCCCGAAAUGGGCACCCCAAACGGCACCCCGAAACGGGGACCCCAAAAUGGGCACCCCAAAAAUGGGCAUCUCGAAAUGGGCACCCCGAAAUGGGCACCCCAAAAUGGGCAUCCCAAAAUGGGCACCCCGAAAUGGGCACCCCAAAAACGGGCACCCCGAAACGGGCACUGCCCCACAGCCCUGGCACAGCAGAGACCCACGGAACAGUGGGGACCCCCUCACCCCGGUGCCCUCACCUCCCCCGGGGACACCCCGUUAUCCACUAGGGACAUUGGGGUCCCCUUGGUGACACUGGGGUCCCUGUCCCCUCCCCAGGACAGCGGGGACACCCUUGGGGUCCCCUUGGGGACAUUGGGGUCCCUGUCCCCCCUUGGGGUCCCCUUGGGGACAUUGGGGUCCCUGUCCCCCCUUGGGGUCCCCUUGGGGACAUUGGGGUCCCUGUCCCCCCUUGGGGUCCCCGCCCGGACAUUGGGGUCCCUGUCCCCCCUUGGGGUCCCCGCCCGCCUGUCAUUCCCCUUGUCACCACCAGGUGGCGCCGGUGCUCCAGGCCCGGAGGGUGGGGCGGGACCCCUCCCCAAAUUUUGGGGCUUUUUUUUGGGUGGAUUUUGUGUGAAUUUAAAAGGU